GUGAAAAUGGAAGCAAUGGUGAUGCACAAACUGUGCAUUUCGAUUAUAAUAACUAUCGAAUAUCGAUUUAUUUUACAAAAUCAAUGUGAUGCAUUGACUAGCAAAGGAAGAAAUUAACACGGAACGGAAGCUAAAUGGAAGUCGACGAAGAAGAGUUUGAAGUACCAUCCAGCAGCAGCAAAGGAGAGAAGAAACGCUUUGAAGUUAAAAAGUGGAAUGCUGUGGCACUAUGGGCAUGGGAUAUCGUUGUGGACAACUGCGCUAUCUGUCGAAAUCAUAUAAUGGACUUGUGCAUUGAAUGUCAAGCAAAUCAGGCGUCGGCCACCAGCGAAGAGUGCACCGUUGCCUGGGGCGUUUGUAAUCAUGCUUUUCAUUUCCAUUGCAUUUCCCGUUGGUUGAAGACACGUCAGGUCUGCCCACUUGAUAAUCGUGAAUGGGACUUCCAGAAGUAUGGACACUAAGACUUGCAACGCCGAAACUCAAAUUACUACUAAAACACAAUAACAUACAGUCGUCUAUCAUACACGUACAUGCUUAAAAGAACAGUCAAUCGGAAAUUGACGUGGCCGGGUAUUAUUUGUGUUACAAGGUACAAAACGAGCACAUUUCUAAUCUAUAUUACAUUUAGGUUAAAAUACAAGAGUUGGUUUGAUAAUCUAAUAAACUCUAAUAAAUUUGCAUGUUUCACACAAA